AUGGAAUAUCGAUUCAGGGGUAUUGCAUUAGUAUUUCUAUUCACUAUUUCCGUAUCUGCUCGUAUCCGUUACGAUUGUGAUAACGAAGCAGUGGAGUGCGGUUGCGGCUACAUUGAUGUCGAAAUGAACGCACAAAUUGUCAGUGGUGCAGAAGCAAUUCCUUACAGUUGGUCAAUGAUCGUCUCUAUUCAAGAUAAACUUUUGAAAAUGCACUUUUGCGAUGGCUCAAUUCUUUCAGAAUCGUAUAUUCUCACAGCAGCACAUUGUGUCGAUAAUAAAACACCCGAAGGAAUCUUGAUUCUAGCCGGUAUUCAUAAUAAAUCGGAUAAGAAUGUUCUUGUUCAUAAAGUUGAUCAAAUCUAUAUUCAUCCGAACUGGUCAUCAUUAUCGAGUAAACGUCGACAUGACAUUGCAAUUUUACAUUUAUCACAACCGCUCAACUUUACCACAAAUUCACGUAUUAAACGAACUUGUGUGCCUGAUCUCAAAUGGUCUACGAGCAUUGAAGAAUAUCCACUUAAUGGGACACAUUUAGUUGUGUCUGGUUGGGACGACACGCAAUUGGAUAAUCGAAGUAGUUCACCUGAUAUUCUCCAUCAAGUAGAAGUAUUUUUGAUUCAUCACAAUGAUCGAAUAUGCAAUGAAUCACUCAAUGAUGAAAGAGGACAGUUCUGUGCUGCACUUUAUGAAGGUGGCAAAGAUACAUGUCAAGGUGAUUCCGGUGGACCAAUCUUUCAAUGGAUAGGUGACCGAUGGGAACAGGUGGGUAUUGCAAGUUUUGGAAUAGGAUGCUCUCUCGAAGGCCUUCCGGGCGUUUACACACGGCUAGCCUACUAUUCUGAUUGGAUUCGAUCCGUAAUAAGUGAACCAAUUACAACCACAACUACGACUGGCACCAAACCACCGAUCAUUUAUCGAUGUGAUCGAACAGCAACAUGUGGUUGUGGUCUCACUGAUGUUGCUCUCUCACCAUCUCGUAUUGUUGGUGGUAGCAAUGCGGUUGUUGACAAUUGGUCCAUGAUUGUGUCACUCCAAGUGUAUGGAGAUCAUGGAUGUGGUGGGACACUUCUAUCCAAUUCUUUCGUACUUACAGCUGCCCAUUGUGUUAAACGUAUUGUAACGGAAGGUAAUAAAGAUCUUAUUAUUGCUACCGGUAUGACAAAUCUAUCAGAUCCAAGACAAAUCACGCGCAAAAUCGAUCAGAUCUAUAUACAUCCCAAUUUUAUUGGUUCAUCGGAUGGCUAUCGUCAUGAUAUUGCUCUAUUACAUGUCGAAAGUCCAAUUAUCUAUGAUAACAAUGCUCGAUGGGUCAAAUCAUGCAUUCAUCGAAUCGAACCCCCGACGUUGACUAAUCAACAUCCUAGAAAAGUGAAUGCUUAUGCUGACCGUUUACCGACAAUGUAA